GAGAGAGGCGAGGGGGAAGAGCGCAGCGCGGGGCGCGGAGAGCUCCGGGGCUGGGUUUGCCAGGGAGCUGGGCACUGGGACCGCGGCGGUGCUGGCGGCGGCGGGCGAUGCUGCUGCUGCCUGCUUACCCCGGGCUCCGCUGCUGGGGGUAAAGGCUCAGCCAAGCCGAAGCCAACGGGCAAGAGAGUCCGAAGCGGGACUGGAGUUGGAGGAGAGAGAGAGAGGGAAAGAGGAGGAGGUGGUGGAGGAGGAUGGGCUGCGGGGGGAGUCGCGCCGAUGCCAUUGAGCCCCGCUACUACGAGAGCUGGACCCGAGAGACCGAGUCCACCUGGCUGACUAACACGGACACGGACCUGCAGCUCUCGGCAACCACGACAGCCGCCGGGCUCAGCCCCGGGGAACCGGACAGCGGCCCAGAGACUGGCGGCCUGCGGGACCAGGGCUCCCUGUACACGGGUGAAAAAAGAGCCCAAGCAGAUGCCAGCAAGAGAAGUCACCAUCAGUGUUACCAAAAGCAUCCAACAAAUGGACAGAUAUAGAAGAAUUGAGUGAAUUAGCUGUGUUUUCAAAUCAAAGAAGAUGGACACUAGCAUCAUUUGGCAGUGCUUUGCUGAUGUCUCAAUGGAAUGUAAAGAAGGAUGGAUGCUCCCAAUUGAAUAGGCUAAACUGCUGAGUGCCUUGGGUUACUUUGUGUCUCUUACCUGGUAGCCAACAGUUGCCAUCAGUGUUUGGACAUUCACUGAUCUGUGUUUAUCUAAGGUUUUGGCACAGUACUCCUAUAUGAUAAUAAAUUGCUGAUGGGCCAAUUGGUUUUUCCCCCCUCUCUCCAGGUUCUAUCAGAUGUUCUACCCCAGGUCUGACAUCUGGAAUUGCAGUGGUCUACUGCAGUCACAAGUCACUUUUUGAAAAGGAAAAUGACAGGGGAAGAGUGUAACAAUAGGGGAGAGUUAUUACCCAAGAGCAGUCACUAAAUAUUUCUGGGUCAUCACUCUAGUGGUAUUUUUAUACUUGUGUCCCAAAACUUUCAGCAUUUCAGUUGGCUUCAAAAUUGGCUUUUUUCCAACUCCCCAAAGAGAGAAACCAAGAAAUAGGAAAUCAUCAAUUUUGUUUUUAUUUCAGCAUGAGAGUAAAGAUUCAGAUUCAUCCCAGUGCUAUAAUGAUGUCUCUUUUUCCCAUGAGGAAGCAAUCCUUGAUAGGGGAGGGAAAACAUUUCCUGUGUCAUCCUUCUCCUACAGGAGGUGCUAUGUUAGCUCCAAAGAGUAAUUGCAGAGCAUGGGGUCCACUCAGCCAAUCUGGGGAGCUGUUUUGGAUCAUUUGGUACAAAUGAAUUCAUUUUUCCUGUUUACGAAAUCUGUAUUCUUCCAUAGGAUCAGAAAAGUGGAAAGAACAUUGGGCUUAGAGCCAAAUUCCACCUCUAUAAUAUGUCUUACCUAUGUGACCAUAGGGAAGUCAUUUCUCUCUCUGAGCUUCAUCUAUAAAUGAGGUAGUUGAAUGAAGUGGCAUAUAUGGUCCCUUCUAGCUCUAAAUCUACGUACAUGUCAUCUAGAAUUGGAAAAGAUCUUAUUGGUCAAUCAGAUCCAACCCACUUACUUUAUAGGGAAGGAAAUAGAAGCCCAGAAAUAUGAGUAACUUGCUCAUAUUCACAGAAGUUAAGAGGCAUAGAGCUUGGAUUUGAACCUGGAUCCCCUUUACACCUAGCACUCUGUCCCCUGAGAACAAUGGUUUUCAGGAGAGUUGUAUGAUAACACUAAAAUAACUAAUCAAAGGCUAUUUAUCAUCCUAUGAAUUAAGAAAUCAAGGAACAUUUCAGUGGCACAAACUGAUUUUCCCUUUGUGCUGCCUUCUAGAUAAAUAACCUAAAGCAGAUCCCAGGGAUUAUGUCAUCUUGGAACCUAGGAAGUCAUCAUGUUAAGAAACUAUCAGAAUAAUGUGCAUUUACUCUUCUUAGAAAAUUUAUACAGUAAAAAAAAUAAACUUUUGGUAGACAACUAUUUUCUAGCAGUCCUAUAAAAUGAUGGAGAAAUGUAUAUAUUUAGCUGAAAACAUUUUUUCCCCACCAAUAAUAUUACAUGCAUUUCUAAGCUGUGUAACACACCUGGGAUCUUCCUAAGGGAGAAAUAAGGGUUCUUUCAUCUGCUGCUGUUUAAAUAAACUCAAUUUUUAGCUGAA